AUGCAAGAGCUUGGUCGAAAGCUUACCUGGGCCGAGAAAUCUUCUUUGGCACUCAAAAAGCAUCACCCUGAACUCAGGGAUGUCUGGGGUGACGUCAAGUCCAGCAUCCCCAUCGUUGUACCGGAGAGAGCUGCGCAACCUGCUGGUUUAAAGGUCACGUUGCUUCCAUUCCAGCAGGAAUCACUCUUCUGGAUGCGUAAGCAAGAGCAGGGGAUCUGGCAUGGCGGCAUGCUAGCCGACGAGAUGGGCAUGGGUAAGACUAUUCAGAUGAUAUCCCUCUUUGUGUCGGACCUGAAGCGUCCGAACCUUGUCGUUGCGCCAACUGUUGCUAUAAUGCAAUGGCGCAAUGAGAUUAACGCUCACACAGAGGGGAUGAAUGUCUUGGUGUGGCAUGGCGCGUCUCGCGUCAACAACCCCAAGGAAUUGGAGAAAUACGAUGUUGUCCUCACUACUUACGCUGUCAUGGAGAGUUGCUUCAGGAAACAGCAGAGCGGUUUUAAGCGAAAGGGGCUUAUUGUGAAGGAACCUUCGCCUCUUCACCAGAUUCAAUGGAACCGGAUCAUUCUUGACGAAGCGCACAACAUUAAGGAACGCCAAACCAAUACUGCCAAGGCAUCCUUUGAGCUCCAGAGCAAUUACAAAUGGUGUCUAUCCGGCACGCCUUUGCAGAAUCGUGUGGGAGAGCUCUACAGUCUAGUUCGUUUCCUCGGGGGUGAUCCAUUCUCCUUUUAUUUCUGUAAGAAAUGUGAUUGCAAAUCGCUUCAUUGGAAGUUUACAGAUAAAAAGCACUGUGACGAUUGUGGUCACAGCCCAAUGCAACAUACCUGCUUCUGGAAUAACGAGAUCUUGACACCUAUUCAGAAACACGGCAUCGAGGGCCCGGGAAGGAUUGCUUUCAAGAAGUUACGCAUCCUCCUUGAUCAAAUGAUGCUCCGUAGAACAAAGAUUCAACGAGCUGAUGACUUGGACUUACCCCCUCGUAUGGUGAUCGUGCGACGAGACUACUUCAGUCCUGAAGAGAAAGAGCUUUAUCUUUCGCUCUUCUCUGACGCGAAACGCCAGUUCAGUACCUACGUUGACUCUGGAACGGUUUUGAAUAACUAUUCCAAUAUCUUCAGUUUGCUCACUCGCUUGAGGCAAAUGGCAUGCCACCCAGACCUUGUCCUCCGCAGUAAGACUAAUGGGACCCAGUUCUUGGGCUCUGACGAGGCUGGUGAAGCCACGAUCUGUAGACUCUGCAGUGAUGUCGCGGAGGAUGCCAUUCAGGCCAAAUGCCGCCACAUCUUCGACCGGGAGUGCAUGAAACAGUAUCUGAGCACAGCCGGAGACAUAACUCCCGACUGUCCUGUUUGCCACAUCGCUCUUACCAUCGACCUCGAGGCUCCGGCGCUCGAACUUGAAGCAAAUAUUCCUUCUGCACGACAAGGAAUCUUGGGACGACUCAAUAUAGAGACUUGGCGGUCUUCCUCCAAGAUCGAGGCACUUGUCGAGGAACUUUCCAAUCUUCGCUCGCAAGACAACACGAUUAAAAGUAUCGUGUUUAGUCAAUUUGUCAACUUUUUAGAUUUGAUCGCCUUCAGGCUACAAAAGGCGGGCUUUUCGAUUUGUCGACUUGAAGGAACCAUGAGUCCUCAGGCACGCGAUGCGACCAUUCAACACUUCAUGAAAAAUGUUGGCGUCACUGUAUUUCUUGUCAGCUUGAAAGCUGGUGGAGUGGCAUUGAACUUGACCGAAGCAUCUCGAGUGUAUCUGAUGGACAGUUGGUGGAAUCCUGCGGCAAGUUUUCUAUCUAUGGACCGUAUUCACCGUCUCGGACAGUACCGUCCUGUCCAGGCCAUCAAGCUCGUCGUUGAAGAUAGCAUCGAGAGGCGAAUCAUACAAUUGCAGGAGAAGAAAUCAGCGAUGGUGGAUGCCACGCUGUCUACCGAUGAAUCUGCGAUGGGACGACUGACGCCAGAAGAUGUAGGUGCUGAAAUUCUGUCCUGUGACAUAUGGCUGAUUGAACUUUUGUAA